AUGUUUGGCCAGAACCACAUUGUCGCAGCAUCACAUAUCGACCGAGUAACCAAGGGGGGAGUGAUCAAGGAAUUUGAAACUGAAAAACUUUUGCAACUAGCCAGAGACAUGGAGAAUUGCCAAAUGAACUUGAGCAAGCUUGGUUACCACGCGGAUAUUAAUUUGAGAGGAAACAUGACCGCUGUCGUAUUACGAUUACCAAGAUACCUGCGUUCCGAAUGGGCAAAGGAGGCGCAAAUUACAAGGGAUCAAGGUAAAGAGCCAGAUUUCCCCCAGUUGACGAAAUCCGUUCGGAGGAAGGCAAGAUUGGCAAAUACCGAGUAUGGUCGCCUGAUUAACACAAGAUCUGGAGUUGAAGGAGAAAACACUAAGAUACCUUAUUCUGGUAGGCACACUUGUAAAGCCUCCUCUUUCACGCUAAGUGGAACCAUCAAUGACGGCAAUUCUUCACUUUCCGGCUGCACGCCUGUGAAACCGAAAUGCAUCUUUUGCAAAAAGGAUGGUCAUAAUAUUGGAAAAUGUUUCAAGUUCCAAGAGAAAACAUAUGAUGAAAGAAAAAGUUUUGUUUCCAAGAACGGACUGUGUAAUCUUUGUCUGUCGAAAGGUCAUUACGUCAACAAAUGUAGAAAGACUCAUGGAUGUCUCGUCCCUGGUUGCGGAAAACGACAUCACCCAAUGCUUCACCCUGUGUCGACUAAUUCUGCCCCAAAGGCAGAUCGGUCCACUCAAGGCGCGACAGCACAGACAGGACACUGUGGAGCAACCGGAACGUUAAAGAAACCGGAACGUUAA